AUGGCCGAACCAGCACAGUCUAUGCCCGCUCCAGUCGAACACUUAAAUAUAAAGGUUACGGACAACAAUAACGAAGUGUUCUUCAAGAUCAAGCGAAGCACACAGUUGAAGAAACUCAUGGAUGCGUUCUGUGAACGUCAGGGCAAGCAACUGUCCACUGUCCGAUUCCUGUUCGACGGCACGAGGGUCCGACCUGAUGACUCUCCUGAAACUCUCGACAUGCAGGACGGUGAUACCCUCGAGGUCCAUCAAGAGCAGAUCGGUGGCUGA